ACCAUGUCCAGCAAAAAGGCAAAGACCAAGACGCGCCCCCAGCACGCCACCUCCAACGUGUUCGCAAUGUUUGGCCAGUCACAGAUUCAGGAGUUCAAGGAGGCCUUCAGUAUGAUCAAUCAGAACCAAGAUGGUUUCAUGGACGAGGAAGGCUUGCCUGAUAUGCUUGCUUCUCUAGGGAAGAACCCCACCGACGUGUACCUCGAAGCCGUGAUGAAUGAGGCUCCGGGGCCCAUCAGCUUCACCAUGUUCCUCACCAUGCUUGGAGAGAAGCUGAAUGGCACAGACCUAGAAGAUGUCAUCAGAAACGCUUUUGCUUGCUUUGAUGAAGAAGCAACUGGCACCAUUCAGGAGGAUUAUCCGAGAGAGCUGCUGACGACGAUGGGAGAUCGGUUUGCAGACGAGGAAGUGGACGAGCUGUACAGAGAAGCGCCUACUGACAAAAAGGGGAAUUUCAAUUACAUUGCGUUCAUGUACAUCCUUAAGCAUGGAGCGAAAGACGAAGAUGACUGA